GCUGUCAUUAUAUCACACUCACACUUCGACCACUUUGGUGGAUACACUGCUGUUGGAAACGAAGACACUCCGCUCUUUGUUCCUGAGAAGUUCGAGGAAAGUUUCUUGGAUGAGAACAUUUAUGUCAACGAAGCACAGGCAAGGAGACAACAAUACAUGUAUGGCACUUUCUUGCACGACUCGAUGACUAAAGUGACUGACAACACAAACUCAAAAGAUAAGCCAUUGACUUGUUUGCCAAAGAGUAAACAUACAACUGCCAUUAAAGAAAAGUGCACCAUAGAGAUUGAUGGAAUCGCAUUCGAAUUUAUCCCAACUCCAAACACUGAGGCGCCAGCAAAUAUGAUGUUCUAUUUGCCCGAAUUUAAAGCAAUAUUUGUUGCCGACAACUUUGCUUCUUGUAUGCAUAAUCUUGGAACAUUAAGAGGAGCUAAGGUCAGAAGCGGUAAGAUUUGGAGUAAAGCACUGGAUGAUGCAAUUGUGAGUUAUGGGAAGGACAUCCAAAUUCACUUUGCGGGACAUGGUCCAGCACUCUUUGGGAAUGAAAGAAUCAACAAGUUCUGGCGAACCAAAAGAGAUUUGUACAAGCACAUCCACGACCAGACACUGCGAUAUGCCAACAAGGGUUAUAACAUGACUGAAAUUGCCGAGUUUGUGAGACUUCCCGACAGUCUCAAUAAAGAGAGGUGUUGCAGAGGACUGUACGGCUCACUCAACCACAAUAUCAAAUCACAAUAUCAAUUAUACCUUGGAACAUAUGACAGCAAUCCAGCACACUUGGACGAACUUCCACCACGCGAACUUGCAGUGAAGUUUGUAGAGGCGUUUGGUGGUGUUGAAAAGACACUUGAAAUUGGACAAGACGCUUACAACAAAGGCGAAUACCGAUGGGCAGCAACAGUCUUGAAUCACUUGGUAUUUGCAGAUGUCAACAACAUGAAGGCACGCGAACUGCUUGCUACAACAUACGACCAACUGAGUUACGUUGCCGAGUGCGCAAGUUGGCGAUACAACUACCAAACAGCCGCUUACGAGUUGAGAAAUUUGAACGACAAGAAACCACGAGACUUCAGUUUCCCAAUUGAGGCGAUUCCAAUGAGAGACUUUGGGGACUUCCUUGCUGUUCAUGUUGAUCCAAAUGUGAUAGAAGGACUUGACUGCAAGAUCCGAAUAGAAGACACAAACAACAAAGAAUCAGCAAUACUUGUCAUUUGCAACUCUACAAUUAACUCAAGAGAUGGUGGUGAUGAGUACGAUGGAGAGAUUAAAGGAAGUAAACAAGACUUAGUAGACAUCUUCAUGAGAAAGCAGAAACUCGACGAGUUGAUUGAGAAAGGAAAAAUUAUUGUGAAAAAUGAAAAGAUUGUGAAAACACUUGUUGAGGGCAUUGACUGCGUGCCAAAGUACUUCACUUUUGUUGGGCCACACGUCUAA